CUCGAAUGCGCAGAAGUAGUGUCACUCGCGUGACGUAUUGUGGUGCCCCGGUGGCUGUGGCCUGUGCUGCUUUCUCCCGACUUUUGUUGCUUGCAGCUGCUUGACAGCGGUGUGAACAUCAUGGCCGGUACAGUUGCGGAAUCAACGUCGCGUUUAUUACAAUUGGCAAAAAAAUGCAACUGCUUCUACCUGUCAGGAUUCCAUUCGGGCGAAUGCAGAGCAUUCGUAGUCGACGGUCAGCAAGUGGGUCUCGUGAGACCCGAUGUGAUGAAAGAGUUACUAAACUACCCACAGGUGUUUCAAGUUCAGCCAGAAUAUGUUCAGCUGAAUCCAGCCUUCAGAGAUUAUGCAGAACGAAGUGAAAGAGUCGACCAAGUUCUGAGAGAAUUGAAGGCAGGGGGGAAAUUUAUUACCUUAAGAGGCUGGCGAGAAGAAUACUAUGACGUUCGAACUCAAUUUAACACACAGCCUUUAUUCAAAAUGGAUCGAUCUGCUACUUGUUUAUUUGGAAUCCGAAAAUAUGGAGUAGACAUAAACGGUUAUGUGAUGGAUCCCGUAAAGGGACUCUCGAUUUGGUUGCAAAAGAGAAGCCCAACUAAACAAACGUGGCCUAGUUAUUGGGAUAAUUUCGUCAGUGGAGGUCUGAGUGUCGGUUUCGGAAUUCACGAAACUGCGAUAAAAGAGGCCGGCGAAGAAGCCGGUAUUCCGAAAAACAUAAUUUCAAAGCUCAAAAGCGCAGGAUGUGUGUCCUUAUUUUUUGAGUGUGACAGAGGAUUGUUCCCCAACACAGAGUUCAUCUAUGAUUUGGAAUUACCUCCAGAUUUUGUACCGAAAAAUGGAGAUGGCGAGGUCGAAACUUUUGAACUGCUACCAGUCCGGGAAUGUUUGGAGCGUGUUCUCUCUCCAAGCUUUAAAACUACUUCGGUUCCAGUGGCACUAGACUUUAUGAUCAGACAUGGAUACAUCACACCGGAAAAUGAACCCAACUUUAUUCAAGUUGUAGAAUUACUGCAUGUGCCACUGCAAACGAUGUUUAAUCACCCACAAAGGAAAUACAAAAUAACAGCCAAUGGAGGAGCGAAUGACGCAAUAGAUCGAGUUUUAUUUUGAAUAGGUACUAAUUCUAUAAAACCACCCGAAGGCGCCGAUUGGAACUAAAUGCUAUAUUUUCAGUUUAUCUUUUAUCGUUAGGAUUUGCUAGACAGCAUUUCUCAUUUUCCAAUUAUGUUAUCUAUCGAUUUUUAUGACGCAUUUGAUCAAUUUUGUACUACGAGCGUCGAGCGUUAAUUCUUGUUUUCUAUUUUUUUUACAAGUCAAAAGAGAAGCCGUAAAAAUAUUUGUUUUUAUAGUAAGUACUGUCUGAUAAAAGUACAAAUUAAACUGAUUUGAUAAUUAUAUAUUUGAUUCAGCAUUAACGUUAAUUCGCACAAGUUUAUUCGUAAUUAUAUUUUUCUUAAAUUUUUUUUCUCUAAGAGCUUCCAAUUUUUAGGUAAAAAAAAAUAAAGCAAUAUUUUUGGCAGAUCUUUUGAUUUACGUGGCAAAAUGUCUGAAUAAUUAAACGCACUCGUAUCAAAAUUUGCGAAAGAGUUUUAAGAGAUAGCUCUAUAAUCUUAGCAUGUAACCCUAAGGUGUGGGUAGUAUUUUUAAAUAAUCUUGGAAUCUUCUUAAGGCAAUGUCAUACUUACUCGAUAUCUACCUUGCCAACAGUUUUUUGCCAAAAUCAAAGUUUAAAAUUUGAGAAAUUAAAUAGAUGUUACUAAAUUAACAAAUAAAUUUGGAAGUUUUGUUUGAAAUUAGAAUAAUUUUGGAUCAGAUAAACGUUCCUUAGGGCCUCUUAUUUACUUUUUCAGAUUUUCAACUUAUAAAUUUCGUGUGGACACGAGUUUGACAAAAAAAAAAAAAGAUAUCGUUAAGGUGGGAAUCGGGAUCUUCAAAUUAAUUUACUGUACUGAUGUAAUUUCCUUGAUUCGCUGAGUUUUUGAUACUUUACUUUUUACUGUAAUUCUACAAAUUUUUGCGUGUUUUUUUGCAAAAUUUCGAAUUCCAGUGCGAAAAAUUCGACGUAGCUUUUUUAUUGAAAGAACGCCAAUUUAGCAGGUCAAAAUUGUACGUUAAUUAUGAUAGGAAUACUAGGUAGAUUUUUUAAAAGAAUUGAAGAACACUGAUAUCAAAGAUAUCGAGAAAGUCGCUGAAUAUUUCGUAUGCAUGUGCAUACAAAAAUGUGAUGCGAAUUUCAUACUUCGACACAUCGCAUGGAAAAAAACUCUACAUAAUCCCAAGCUAAAAAUAAUGAGGCGUUGCAAUUUUUUUCCUAGGGAUAUUAUACAAUAAUUAUUUUCUUGAGGACGAUAUUAACACCCUCAACUCUCCAAGCACAUUGUUUUGCGUUUAUGUAUGUCCUGAAGAAAAAUAAAUGUGCAUUACA